AUGCAGAACAUGAAAUUUGACCAUCCUUCAAAUCUUCCCGAAUCAGUGCAGUUAUGCAUCGUCGGAGUUAUUUUAGUGUUUCCUGGCUUCCUUGUCGACAUUUAUUGUAAUGGAUGGGCGUAUUUUCUCAAAAAGCAAUGGUUACGCCUGAAGCUUUUGUUUCUACGGCUCUGCACUUGGGGAAUACAAAUCGCUACAUAUGUUUUGAUUUGCAUAAAGGCGAUUCAGGUUUUCAUCAUAAAAUUGAGGCUGAUUCUGGUUCCUUUCUACAUGCCUUUCGUUAAGUUUUUCAAAAAAAUAAGGAAGGAUAUGAACCGCGAUUUUCAAUUCACCGAGAACCUGGCGAUAGUAGACCGCGUGCUAAAGGUUCGGAUGUUCGCUAAAGUCCUCUGA